AUGUCGUCGCAGCCUACUGACCCGCCUAUGGCGGCAGAUACCCCUGCUCUGAACUCUGUUACCAGAGCUGCACAGCCUACUGAGGCUGCUCCAGUCGGCUCCAUGGCUGAAGAGGUCACUGCUAGUGAUGUCGUCCAGACCGGCGGAGAGAAGAGCGGUGACGCUGUUCCCAAUAUGGGCGACACUACUGAUGCGACCACCAAGAAGAAGAAGAAGAGCAAGAAGUCCAAGGGCAAGUCCCUGGAGAAGCGCGAGUAUUACUGCGAUCCACCCCUGACUGCCAAUGAGCAUUGGGAGGAGCAGAACAACAUCUACACUACCGAUCGACCUUGCCGCGAUCGUUUUCAGGAGGGCAUCCAACGUUUCGGUGGUCGCCGUCGCAUGAAUAAUGAUCAACGCAACUACUUCUCCAAGUUUCUCAUGCUGGGCGGCAUCGACACCACCCAGCGUCAGUUCCAGGGUACCUCCAACAUGCCGAAGGGCAAGAAGGACGACCCCGGCGAAGAUGCUGAUGAGGAGGACAUUGUCCUCGAUGCUGCUGAGCAACUGUCCAAAGAGGAGAAGAACCGUCUGGAGAAGGACGACGUCAUCCGCGCUGAGGCGAACGACGUCAUCUCUCUUGACCCCAACGUCACCCGCUUCUACAGCCCCGGUGCAGAGGGUUGGGUCGAGGGAGACUUCGAGGCUGUUGCAGCUGGUUUCUUGAGCAGCAAGUUCAUGAACGAUCUGUCCGCCCGAGAGGGUGCCGUUGACACCGCCAUUGCGACCGUCAUCAGCUUCUUGAAGUACCUCCUGCAGCACGACGUCUGCCCUGAGUACGAGGCGAACGUCAAGAAGGCCUGGGAGGUCUGCGAGCGUGCCAAGAUCGAGCUGCCUAUGUGCGCCGCUGUCAUCCGCGAGGCGCCCGGUGAUUUUAACACUGCUGCGCGCAUUCUCUUCUGCACCGAUCAGCAGCCGCACGACUGCACUGUGGAUCCCGCCCAUCCCAUGGAGGCGUACCGCGAGAAGGACCCGAAGUACUGGGAGUUUCAGGAUGCGAUCCUCGUCCCCAAGAGCUUCAAGGCGAUGUUCAUCUUCAAGUCUACCAUGGCUUUCUCCAUUACCCACUUCAUCGUGCCGUGGGACUACGAGGCCAAGGGUUACGCCAUCAAGGACACCUACAACCAGGACUACGAGGUCGUCGAUCCCAAGGAUCAUCAGAACGUCAGCGCCAACCCCGAGUUUCCCGGUGAGGGUGACGAGUUUAUCCACUCUGCCCUCGACAAGGAUCACAACCUCAAGCCCGUUGGCAAGAUCUUCGUGAAGCCCUGCGUCAUCGAGGACGGCUGGGACAACCGUCUGUCCCGAGCCGACGCCAGCGACAAGGUCGAGUUCUUCUUGCUCGAGGUCCACAUUCUGCACCUUCUCACCAUCGGCAUGAAGCUUCGCUUGGUUGUCUGCGAGCUGGACUGCGGCUUCAAGUUCGUGAAGCAGGUUCUCGACGUCCUGCCGUCCUUCUACACCUUCCUCCCGCAGGAGCUGAUGCUCCAGUACAAGGAGCCGAAGCUCAACGAGCGCCCUGCUCCCUCUGUCGAUGACCCCGAUGUCGAGGAUCGUGCUCUCGAGAACGCGGCUUGCACCGAUGCCAGAGAGUAG